AUGGCGGGCAUUCCAGGUCUCGACCGCCGUGCCAUGGAAGCAGAACGUCUUGCAAGAAUAGCAGCAAAACGUCCCACAAGUACCGAGACCGUUCCCAAUACAACACAAGCAACGACAACCAAAAGGCAAAGGUCCAUAUCUCCACCCCCAACAUUCCGGCCUGCCAAGAAAGUGAAAGAACAAUCAGAAGGGUCACCAUCACUCCAGUAUCCCCAUGGCACUGUCAAGAGCACCUGGGCUUUUGGUCAAACUCGAAGUAGCAACGAUAUCAAGAUCGAAGAAGUGCUCGAAAAGUCUACCUUACGAACAGCCCUACUCUCUGCCUUCCAAUGGGACACAAACUGGAUCAUGGCAAAGCUUGACUUGCAGCAGACUAAAGUCAUCAUGGUCAUGCAGGCAGAGAACGAUGCCGUAAAGCAGCAAUACCGCCAAGAGACUGAGUAUCUGGGUAAGAUUCUUCGACUCGUCUUCCCAUCCAUGGAGGGUAAUGUCAACUGCAUGCAUUCCAAGCUUAUGCUGUUGUUUCAUCCACACAAGUUGAGAGUAGUAGUACCGUCGGCGAAUCUGGUCCCCUAUGAUUGGGGCGAAGGAGGUGUCAUGGAGAACUCCGUCUUUCUGAUUGACUUGCCUCGACUCGAACAGACUGUCACCAAGGAUGCAGAAUUAUUACCCCAAUUUGGCCGCGAGUUACUCUUCUUCAUGAGAAAGAAGGGGUGUGACGAUCAUAUUCUCAAAGGCGUUCUGAACUUCGACUUUAGCAACACGAAAGACCUUGCCUUUAUCCAUUCGGUUGGUGCUUCCGCUCACUAUGGCAAAGACAUGAAACGUACUGGCUACGUUGGUCUAAGCAAAGCAAUCCGCGAACUAUACUCCUCACCUCAGUCCUCUCUCUCCUCUCUAUCUAACCUCCACGUCGACUACGUAGCCUCUUCCAUCGGCUCUCUGAACGAUGGCUUCCUCACAACCAUGCACAAUGCCGCUCGAGGUGAAGACGCAACAGCCGUGCCCUCAACCACCACCGGACCUGCGCCCAAACCUUUUCAAGACACCAUCUCAACAACGAAUAUUCGGGAUCUCUUCCGAGUAUACUAUCCUCUGCACGCCACCGUCACGAACAGCAAAGCCGGUAGCGCCGGAACGAUUUGUCUCAAAUCUGACUGGUGGAAGGGCCCUCUCUUUCCGCGUCAAUGUUUCCGGGACUACUGCUCAAAACGCGCUGGCGUUCUUUCUCACAACAAGAUUCUGUAUGCCAGAGGCGUCAACGACAAGGGACAAAGGAUCGCGUGGCGGUAUGUAGGAAGUGCAAACUUGAGUGAGAGUGCUUGGGGUAAGCUGAGCUGGGAUCGUAAGAACAAGAAGUGGAAACUUGGAUGCAGAAAUUGGGAAUGUGGUGUCAUCCUGCCUGUNGCGCUUCUUGGGGCCCUGGAAGAUGAACAGGUGACUAAGCCGAAGACGCCAGAGGUUGUGGUCCUCAGCGAUGACGAUGCAGAAACGGAGAGUGAGAAGGAAGACGCCUCGACCGAUAGUGAAGGCGAGACAACGAGCAAGAAGGAUGGUGAACAGAAGGAUGACGACAAGAAGAAUGACGACAAGAAGGAAGACAAGGGUCAAAGCCACAACUGGAAAGCUUCUAUGACGAUGUCAAAGCCAGGUGCAGCCAAGGUUGAGGUUCCUAACAUGAACGCUUUCGGAUCUGAGGACAUACCAUUCGAGUACCCAGGCGCUGAGUACAAUGGCAAAGAUCCAUGGUUUAUCAACUUCGGAUCAUGA